CCUCCGCUUUCUACGCGCUUUAACUACAUUUCCCAUAAUUCCCCUCAAGACUUCCGGUGGAGAUCGAGCGUGUGUGAGCGCGGCAACAGGAGGCCGGUGACGUGAAGAUGCUGCGCAGGAAGCCCACGCGCCUGGAGCUCAAGCUGGACGACACAGAGGAGUUUGAAAGUGUCAAGAAAGAGCUGGAGAGUCGAAAGAAACAGAGGGAAGAGGUGGAUGUAGUUGGUGUGGCCACAUCCAGCGAGAUGAGCGGAGCAUCCGCUGGCGGGACGGACGGGAAGACCAGGGAGCAGAUGAUCCAUGAGCGGAUCGGUUACAAACCCCACCCAAAGCCCAACACUUUGCCAUCACUUUUUGGGAACCUUCAGUUUUGACAAUUUGCAGACAUGAAAAGUGGACUACAAGGUGUUGGAAAUCUGCAUCACAAACAUACAUAAUCUGAUUUGAUAUCAGCUGCCCUGAAAUAGACAAAGCCUUUUGGUUAAAUGUGUGUUUGUGACAACAGAUACAAAGGACUAUUUUUCUACAGCAUAAAUUAAAUCUUGUUAGCUGGAUGUAGGAAAUUGUGUCUUUUGGCUUCACUGUAAAUACAAGAAGGAGAAACAUUUUAUAGGUGAACAUCAAAAACAGGUUGGUUUAUAAAUGAGGUGGUCACAACAAUUAUUAUUCAGAUAAUACUAUAUUUAUUAGUUUUCAUUGAUUACAGUACUGUUUAUAUUUCAAACUCUACAGACAUGACUGAACUGUAAACAGACUGAGAAAUCUUAACAUUGCCUCAGCACUGGAAAUAAGGUUCAGCGCUUCUACACAAAGGCUUGUGGUUUUUCCCUCUUAAGAUGAUGAAGACUUGCUUUGCUUUUAAAAUAAAUCUGCAAAAUUGAUCAAAA